UUUACCCUGUCAUGACUGGGAAACAUCCCAAACAAUCCAACCCGGAUGGGGUAGCCGCUCAAAAUGAUGAGCCUGGGGAUCCACCAGAGCGACAUAGUGCCCCUGCAACGACCAAACGCCCUAUAAUCGUGGAAGCCAGAUCAACAAGAAUCACCAAGUCAACUCCAACAUUUGGAAAUUCAGGAAGCUCUAGUUCAAAAGUUGCAAUUCCUCGUCAAAGUACGGGUUAUACCCCGCGUUACAACCGCAGAGUCCCACGGGCUUGCGAGUCGUGUAGACAACGAAAAACAAAAUGCAGUGGUGACACGCCAGUAUGUCGACAAUGUCGUGAACUAAGGGUUCAAUGUCAAUAUCCUGUGGGAUGGAGAGAUAAAAUGAAAAAGGAACUCGACAGAUUGUCUGCGGAAGUGCAGGAAUACGAAAACUUUUUGGAGGAUUUACGAACGAAUGCCGAGUCUCGAACAGCAGACUGGGUCAUACUCUUAAUGGAAAAAUAUGGCCUGAAGGGGGAUCAUCAAGAACGAAAUCAAUUCUUGAUGCCUACUCCUCAGAAUGAGAUGGAACCUGACGAACCAUCUCCGCUUUCUUCAAUCGGGUCUCUGGAGGCCAUUGACCGACUAGAGGAGGAUCCCAAUCGGUCGGAAGAUACCCGAGCAAUGGGGGUGGUGGGCAAGAGCUCGGAAAUCUCUUGGAUGCAACGAGUCCAGAGAGAGGCAGAGCAACGAGCUCGAGGAAACCCCGGCACCUUGGAAACGAGUCCAGCUGACGACGAAGAAAAGGAAGCAUUUUCCCUUCAUGCUCUGAACUAUCAUCUCGACGACCUGGAUAUCUCCGUCCCCGAACCCGUACAAUUGUACGCCAUGCCUCCUCGUGAAACAGCCGACCGACUCUUCGAUGAUUAUUUUUCAAAGACACACCCUUUCUUCCCUAUCCUCAGCAAGCAACUAUUUCGUGGACAGUACCAAACCUUCCUUGACACCUCAUCUCGACCCGACCCUGCCCGACCCGGCGACAAAUGGCUCGCCGUAUUGAAUAUUAUUUUUGCGAUUGGCGCCAAACACGCACAUCUCACCAAUGCAGCGUGGCGUGGCGAGGAUAACGAUCACUUGGUGUAUCUCACACGAGCCAGACUUCUCAGCAUGAACAGCGAUGUUCUGUUCAGUCAUCCCGAUCUUCAACAAGUCCAAGUCGAAGGACUGAUUGCAUUCUACCUACUGGCAUCAGACCAGAUCAACAGAGCAUGGAGAAUAUCCGCUUUGGCCAUACGGUCGGCAAUCACCCUCGGCAUCAACCUCAAGAUCACCAGCACCAAAACCCCCAGCAUCACUAAAGAGGCCCGCUACCGGGUAUGGUGGUGCUUAUACAGUUUCGAGCACAUGUUAGGCAUUAUGACUGGCCGGUCCAUCUAUAGUCUAGACGGAGGAUACGCUACCCCGUUACCGCUCCCAUUCGAAGAAGAACAACUACAAGAAAACCCGGCGGCCGCCGAGGUUCUGAACAACCCGACCCUACGAGAUGCAUUGGUUGGAAAUGUGAUGGCGAGUUCGUGGAUUCGACCGACCGGUGAAAAAGACAAUUCACACAAGACCCGACUACGCGACCAAACAUGGCUGAAGAAUUUACCCGUCAACUUCGGACUCUGUUAUCUCUACUACAGUGAUUUGACGGUCGUCACACAAGAGAUACUUAACAAAGUCUACACGACAACGGCAGUGCUGCUUCCAUGGUCGGAGAUCGAAAGUCGACUCGACGACUUAAGAUUUCGCAUCGAUUUAUGGAAAUCGAGCCUCCCGGCCGCUCUCGACUUUACAAAAGAGGAAACGGACGGCAGCUCGGAUCACCUCCGUUGUAAAUUGUUUUUGGCAUUUCAUUACUACAGCGCCAGGAUUACUUUGGGUCGACCAUGUCUCUGUCGACGUGAUGCACGACAACAGAACUCACCGCAAACAUUCAGCCACACAAUGGCGUUGAUCGCCUUGGAAUCGGCCAACGGGAUGCUAGACUUGAUCCCAGACGUUCCAGACGUUGUCCAGCUGUAUCAAGUUUGUCCCUGGUGGUGCGUACUUCGAUACCUCAUGCAAUCCGCCACGGUGUUCCUCCUCGAACUAUCAUUCGGCUGCAUCCACAGCCCAGAGCAAGAACAGAAGUACGUAUCCUUGACAAAGAAGUCAAUCCGGUGGUUCUUCGCCAUGUCCGAGCAUAGCAUUGGUUCUCGUCGUGCCUGGCAGAUCUGCGAUUCCAGCUUCCGCAAUUUAGCCGGUGGCAUGAAAUACAAUACCGAUGAUCUCCCAGGUCAACCAGAAGAGCGCACGACGACUGAAACGGCCCCAUCUUUCCAAGCCGACCCAAGCCACAAUGUCCCCUCAGGUGACUUUUUUACUCUACCAACAGAAGAUCUUCAUCUAUUCGGUUCUCACCCCAUCCCCGAUGGAGACACAUUCCCGAACUCCUUCAACUACCCAACACCAGAUGUCAUGUCUUCGCUACAUGGACAUACUGAUAUGACUGAUGAUAACUACUUUCCAUACGACCCCCUCAGCGGAGAGUUUAUCAGAUCUUUCUUCCCGUCUUCGGAGGAAGAAAAUAAAAACUGA